CCAUGGCUGCCAUACCCCUUCAAAGUGAGAGAUAACUAAUGGAUAAGCACGCGAUUGUUCCCCUUCCCCGCUAGUCACCGAUAACUAACCGCUGGGAUUCUAGUCGCUUUAUCACUAUGGCAUGCUUAUCGGGCAUAUAUAUUGGUUAUUAUAGUUGUCACAUUUCUCGCAGUAACCAAAUUCUCGAGCCAGCGCAAGCAGGUGGAAAGCCAACCGAGAGGAGUGGAGCAAGUUACUCAAAAGACAACUAUUAGUGAUAAACCAGCACAGCCAGGAAAUACAACGCUAGCAAAGUCUACACCUUUGAAAAGUGAACCUAAGCCUGGGCCAAAGAGACUCCGUGGUUUGAGGCCGUUGAAGGGGGUUGCCAAUGUCACAGCUCAAGCUGUCUCUGCCAUUCGACCCAUCUUCUUCUUUACUUCUUUGACGGGCACCACAGAGAAAAGUGCUCGAGCUGCAUUCGAGAGUGUGAGAUCCAAGUUACAAGCAGCACCGCAGAAUGCCCAAUGCAAGGUUCUCGACCCUGAAUUACAUGAUUUAUCCUACAUUGAUUUCGACGACUACUUUGUGACUGCACCAAAGCCACCGACAUCAGAGCCCGGAUUGUCGUACCUGUAUUGCAUAAUACUACCAAGCUAUGACAUUGACAGCAUCAUCAAUAAUUUCCUCAACCACCUAGACGAAACUCACAAUGACUUCCGCAUUGAUACUUCGCCAUUGUCCGGUCUGACCGGGUACUCUGUUUUCGGUUUUGGCGAUAAAGAAGGAUGGCCAACUGUGGAAGAAGGCUUUUGUUCCCAGGCGGUAGCUGUUGAUAAGUGGUUGGCCAAGCUGACUGGCAAACGGCGCGCCUACCCUCUCGGGUUUGGGGACGCGAAGACUGACGGAGACCACUCUUUGCAAGAGUGGUGUGACGGGAUCGUUUCGGUGCUCCAUGAUAUAUCUGAGAAUGGUGGUGGCCUGGGUGAAGGUGUUCCGGGUAGCGGUGACCCUAUAGAAAGUGACGAGGAAGAUGCAGAGGAAGACAGUCAGCAGCCCCAAAACCUCAACCGCCCACGACGAACGAAAACCAGAAAUUCCCAAGUUGCCGACCUUGAAGAUAUCAAAUUCAAUCCAGAAGUCCUUCUUGAUGAUGAACCUAUUGACUUCACCACUUAUGCUUCUACCAAAAUAUCAUCGCUUUCCAGCAAGGAAAUGGUACCGUCAACUUCUCCAACGUAUACUGCAUUGACAAAACAGGGAUACACCAUUGUUGGAUCUCACUCUGGUGUCAAAAUCUGCAGGUGGACAAAAUCAGCCCUACGUGGGCGUGGUUCAUGCUACAAAAACUCUUUCUAUGGAAUCAAAUCGCACCUUUGUAUGGAAUCGACACCUUCCCUCUCAUGCAGUAACAAAUGCAUUUUCUGUUGGCGACAUGGAACGAAUCCGGUUGGAACCACAUGGCGCUGGAAAGUCGAUCCUCCAGAGCUAAUUUUCAAUGGCGUCAAGGAGGGUCAUUACAAGAAAAUCAAGAUGUUGCGCGGUGUUCCCGGAGUUAGGGCCGAGCGUUUCGCAGAAGCCAUGAGGAUCAGGCAUUGCGCCCUGAGCUUGGUCGGCGAGCCGAUUUUCUAUCCUCACAUCAACGAGUUGCUCUCUCUUCUCCAUGGUGAGCAUAUUUCCAGCUUCUUGGUCUGCAAUGCGCAGCAUCCUGAUGAAUUGGCUGCCCUUCAAAGAGUGACACAGUUAUAUGUGUCCAUUGACGCUAGUAAUCGCGAAAGCCUCCGCAAAAUUGACCGACCUUUGCAUCGAGACUUCUGGGAACGCCUCCAGCGUUGUCUGGAUAUACUUCGAGAAAAGAGAAAUGUGCACAGGACUGUGUAUCGACUUACUCUCGUCAAAGGAUUCAACAUCGAUGAUGAGGUCGAGGGCUACGCUGACCUCGUCGAGAAAGGUCUUCCUUGUUUUAUCGAAAUAAAAGGUGUGACUUACUGUGGAACAAGUUCCAGUUCAAAUGCGGGCUUAACAAUGCAGAAUGUUCCUUUUUAUCACGAAAUUGUUGCGUUUGUGGUUGCACUGAAUGAGGAAUUAGAACGGCGUGGCCUUUCAUAUGGAUUAUCCGCCGAGCAUGCUCAUAGCUGUUGUGUCCUGCUUGCAUCCAAGCGUUUCCUGAUAAACGGCAAAUGGCAUACAAGGAUCAAUUAUGAGCGCUUCUUUGAACUCCUGGAACGUGAAAAGCAAACUGGUGAAUCCUUUACUCCUGAAGACUAUAUGCGCGAGACCGAGGAAUGGGCAUUGUGGGGGAAUGGUGGCUUCGACCCGAAUGAUCAAAGGGUGCACACCAAGGGGAAGAAUAAAGGGAAGAUAGGCGUGCCGCCGCCAUCAGGCAAAGUGAUACUGGCUGGCACAGCUUGAAUUUUGGAGGCCACAAGUUAACAAAAUUAGACGGGGUCUUUUUAUAGCCCGGGAAAGCUAACUAGUCAUAGCAAAGGAGGCCACAGCAUCGUACGAUUCUAGUUUUAGGCUGCUCCCGUCCGCCAAAAUAAAAAGUCUAUCUCACUUUAGGACUGUCAGAAGCUCUACGGAGUAUAGAGCCUUGAUCUGUUGUGCUGAGCUACCGCCCGCCAGAGCAAAACAAGCCCAACAAGCAUUUAGACAAUGAACAUAUCCGUUUCAAGGCUUGUCCUCCAAUAUUAACCCACACAGGCACGGGAUCAUUGUUAGCCGCUGGACGGGUUUUCCAGGGGCUCGCGGAGUGGAUUGCAGCAUCCUCAAUUACUUUACACCUUAGACUAAAACGCGGAAUUCUCUUCGUUGCUUCGCUAGAGAAACAGCCGAGGCACUGGAAGUGAGACCGAAUAAACGUUAAAAGAAAAUUUCAUAUCCAGUUACUCGGACCAAAGGUCGUCCGUCAGGAAACGAGCGAACCAGGAUACUUAGAAUACGAACUCGUAUUCGGGUCACGGCACU